AUGGACAUAGCAGGGUCCACAUUGCCUAUCUCGGAUGCAAUCAAGUUGCUUGGGAUCACUUUUGACAGACAUUUAAAUUAUGAUAAACACAUAUCAGAAAUCGUCAGAUCCUGCAACUAUCACCUCUGCGCAAUAAGACAUAUUAGACAUAUGAUUACACGUAAUGUUGCUGCUGCCCUUUGCAGAUGUUUGAUCCUUUCUAGAUUAGACUACUUCAACUCAUUAUUGUAUGGGGCCUCAAAUGCAUCGUUCUUCCAUUCUCUUUCCAAUGUUUCAUUGGCUUCCAAUUUCCGCUCGAACCAUCUUCAAAAUUGCAGUCUUUCCUUCAAAACCCUUUUAUUAAAAUCCCCAACAUAUCUAUACGACAUAUCCAGACAUGAACAUACUAGAUCACUCCGCAGCAGCUCAACAGGUUUCCUAAACAUUCCCGUUGCCGGAUCCGCCUGGCUGGCCGCGGUUUUCGUCAUGCAGCUCGUAUGUCUGGAAUGCGUUACCUCCUGA